CUAAAUGGGCAUUUUAGACCUUUGUUUAAUUAAAUGAACCAAUAUUCAGUAUUGCGGGUGUUUUUGGUGAUGCUACUGACAGCAUAUGCUGUUUUGCUAAGGUCUUUCUGGUUCCUUACAAUGCUAACUUUACCCAACAAUUUACAACUACUUGCUGCUAGCUAGCUAACCAACAACCAGCAGGAAAUAUUACACGCCACAGUUAAGAAUUUUCUAUUGUGACAUAAGUCAAGCUUCUUACUGCAUAAUAUAUGAGCUUUGGCUGACUGUAAGCUUAGUCGCAAGUUUCCGGGGCUAUCUAAUGUUAGCCCAGCUAAAACCAACAAUGGAGAAGUUGCUGUAGCUGUACUCACGAUGAACUUUGACGGUCUUGAAGCUGGCAUGGGUGAGUACUCAACCAGCCUUCAUGGGACUCUAGACGCCGAACUGGAGCCCUCCAUGGACCCCCACCUCAACCCAAACUUACUGCAGGGUGUGGAGCUUGACCCAGAGGGGCUGACUAUGACAGUCCCCGAGCCUGUGCACCUGAUGGAGGGAAUGUUUUCUGAGGUCCACACUGUAGUCUCAGAAGUUGGCAUCCCAGUUACAGCAACACAUUUUGAUCUCCAGGAAGAGAUGCUCUGGAUGGGAAACCACAGAGGUCAUGCAACCUCGUUCUUUGGACCUACAAUGGGCCGUUAUUCAUCUUUCCAAGUGCAUGCAACAGAUGACAUCCGACACAUUCAAAGUUUGGAAACGGGGGUUUUGUUCCUUUCUAAGUGCAACCUCAAAUGCUUUACCCGAGGAGGCCUUGUUAUGUUUGAUUAUCCGAUGGAGGAAGGAGCUGAUAUGCAUAGUCUUCUUAUGACCGAAAACAACAUGCUAUUCAUGGGUGGUUUACAAAACUAUGUGGUUGAAGUUGACUUAAAUACAGUUCAAGAAACUCAAAAGUUCACAGUUGAGGUACCUGGAGUGGCAAUCAUGCGUCAAACCAGUCGUUUCUUCUUCUGUGGGCACACGUCUGGCAAGGUAACUCUCCGGGACCUACGCACCUUCAAAAUGGAACAUGAGUUUGAUGCAUUUUCUGGCAGCCUGUCAGACUUUGACGUUCAUGGGAACCUUCUGGCUGCCUGUGGGUUCUCUAGUCGAGGGCUGAAUGGGUUAGCAUGUGACCGUUUCCUCAUGGUGUAUGAUCUCCGCAUGAUGAGAGCAGUUACUCCACUUCAGGUGCACGUGGAUCCCCUCUUCCUACGCUUCAUUCCUACCUAUACGUCACGCCUUGUGAUCAUCUCACAGUCAGGUCAGUGUCAGUUCUGUGAGCCCACUGGUCUUGCCAACGUGGCAGACAUUUUUCACGUCAACACCGUCGGCCAAUUGCUGAUGAGUUUUGACGUGUCGUCCAGCAAGCAAGCUGUGGCCUUUGGAGAUUCGGGGGGAUGUGUUCAUCUAUGGUCGGAUGUUCCCGAGGUGUCUUUCAAUGACUACUCCCGGGAGACAGACUUUGCCCUGCCAUGCCUUGUGGACACAUUGCCUCAGCUGGAUUGGAAUCAUGACCUGUUGCCCCUCUCUCUCAUCCCCAUUCCACUGACGAGCACUGAGCCGCUGCUGUCAGACUGGCCCACUGCUCUGGCAACACCAAGCCCCAGACGAGCUCCUCCUGUGGAUCAAGAAAUCCUGCGCACCAUGAAAACUGUUGGCUUCAUCGGUUACGCAGCAAACCCUCGUACGCGCCCCCGAAACCAGGUUCCGUAUAAAAUUAAAGAUGUGGAGCUUGAUUAUGAUAGUUACAACCAGGUCCCAGAGUCACCGAUUGGGCGUGAAGAAGAGCCACACCUCUGCAUGGUCCCCAAGAAGUUCAGAAAGGUCACAAUUAAAUAUUCUAAACUUGGACUGGAGGACUUUGACUUCAAGCAUUACAACAGGACCUUGUUUGCCGGCCUGGAGCCACACAUUCCCAAUGCCUACUGUAACUGCAUGAUUCAGGUAUUAUAUUUUCUGGAGCCAAUCAGGUGUCUUGUGCAAAAUCAUUUAUGCCAAAAGGAAUUUUGCUUGGCCUGUGAGCUCGGCUUUCUCUUCCAUAUGUUGGAUUUGUCACGAGGAGAUCCGUGUCAGGCAAGUAAUUUCCUCAGAGCGUUUCGCACCAUCCCUGAAGCCUCAGCUCUGGGUCUGAUCCUUGCAGACUCAGAUGAGCAAACCGGGAAGGCCAGACUUGGUCGCUUAAUCCAGAGCUGGAAUCGCUUUAUCCUCACACAGCUUCACCAGGAGACACAGGAGCAGGAGGGUCCACAAGCCUACAGGGGAGCCAGCAGCAGCUCUCUGGGCUCAUCUGGUGAGUCUGCUAUUGGGAAGCUGUUUGGUUGUGAAGUAGAGAACAGCAGUCUGUGUCGCUGUGGGAAAGAAACAGUCCGCUCGUCCCUCACGCUGCUGUUCACCAUGCAUUACCCAGAACAGAACUCUCAGGAAAAAACCACGAAGGAGUUUGACUUUGCUGAAAUUCUGAAGAGAAGCAUAUGUCUGGAACAGAGCACUCAGGCGUGGUGUGAAAACUGUGAGAAGUAUCAGCCUACAGUGCAGACACGCAACAUACGAUGCCUGCCAGAUGUUUUGGUUAUAAACUGUGAGGUGAACAGCGCUAAAGAGGCUGAAUUCUGGAAAGUUCAGGCAGAGUAUGCUUUCAAUAAGGCCAUGCAGAAAGAGGCAAUAGAGUCUGCAAAACCUAACAAACCCCCACCCAUGCCAACUGAGUGGUGCUUGGAUGAGGAGGAGAUAUGCAGUAUGGAGGGCUUCACCUUUGACACUCGGGUGGAGGAUCUGCGACAUGUUUGGAUCCCUCUCACUCUGAAGAUGUCCAUCAGCAAAAGUCAGGGACUGGAGAUCAGCAGCUGGCCUGAAGGAGAGGAGUUAAGUGCUGCUGAAGAGGCGGAAGGUGCUUCACUUUAUGACUUGGUGGUCACAGUGCCCCACAUCCUGGACACUCGCACGGGUGGAAACCUGGUUGCGCACAUCAAAGUGGGUGAGACCUACCAUCAAAGAAAAGAGGGAGUCACACACCAGCAGUGGUACCUCUUCAAUGAUUUCUUAAUUGAACCCAAUGACAAGACUGAAGCUGCCCAGUUUGAUGUGAACUGGAAAGUUCCAGCCAUCCUCUAUUACGCCAGGAGGAACUACCACACCAAAUACGACCUUCGUAUUAAAAAUCCCAUUGAUGCUAGCGUGCUGCUGACGGAGGCCUCAUUAGCAAGGAAGCAGAGGAAGAGUCACGCCACUUUCAUCCCCCUCAUGGUCAGCGAGAUGCCACAGGCCGGUGAUUUGGUGGGGUUGGAUGCUGAGUUUGUCACACUAAAUCAGGAAGAAGCUGAGCUUCGCAGCGACGGCACCAAGUCCACCAUCAAGCCCAGUCAGAUGUCUGUAGCCCGGAUCACCUGUGUGAGGGGCCAGGGCCCCAACGAGGGGGUCCCUUUCAUAGAUGACUAUAUCUCCACUCAGGAGCAGGUGGUGGACUAUUUAACACAAUAUUCUGGCAUCAAACCAGGGGACCUGGAUGCCAAAAUCUCCUCGAAGCAUUUGACCACACUGAAGUCCACCUACCUAAAGCUACGCUUCCUCAUUGACACAGGAGUUCGCUUUGUCGGCCAUGGUUUACAGAAGGACUUUAGGGUCAUUAACUUAUUGGUCCCAAAGGAUCAAGUCAUUGACACCGUCUACCUGUUCCAUCUGCCCCGCAAGAGGAUGAUUUCUCUGAGAUUCCUCGCUUGGUAUUUUCUGGACCUCAACAUUCAAGGGGAAACCCACGACAGCAUAGAGGAUGCACGCACUGCCCUGCAGCUGUACAAGAAGUACCUGGAGCUGAGUCAUGGAGGCGGGAAUGACGAAGUCAGGAAGGUGCUCAAGGGACUCUACGAAAAAGGCCGGCAGCUGGACUGGAAAGUCCCGGAUUCGGAUACAGGAGACGGUCAAGGUAGCACAAAAAGUGCUGCUGUGUUUCCCUCUGUGAUGGGGCUGUGAGCCGCUGUGACCCUACAAUCACUGGAAGUUUUCACUAAUCUUUCAGUUCAGUUAGCGAAACAUUUUAUACGUAUUUGCAUUUAUAUUUCCGUUUACAGUAUUUGUACAGGUCCCCCUCCCUCACAAGCUGGAGACUUUGUUAUUCAUUGGCUAAACAGCUUCAUUCAUUUAAACGUUUCAUCUUCACAAGUUUCCAGUAAAAAGUACUUUUGUAUUUUAUGAUUAAUUUGAGAUGUUUGUACAAACACUUUUGCGAUGCAAAUAAAUGAAUGUGUUUGA